AUGGUUCGUUUCUUCGUCCAGUUCACUAACGGUCAGACCGUCUACUAUUCUGGCCAGACAUUGUCUGGCAGUAUUGUCCUGGAACUGAGCGGACCAUGGCCAGUACUCUCCCGUAGUGUUUGCUUGGGAAUACACGGCGAAGCCUACGCUAUCAAGAAGGAAUGCAAAACCCGCUACUAUGACUAUGUCUGCUACCUCAACCGCGUUCUCAAACUGUGGAGCGCUCCACCUGGUCAAGAGAGCCUUCCAGCUGGUAUACAUCGGUUUCCAUUCUCAUUCAAGUUGCCUGACCGUCUGCCUAGGUCGUUUGAGCAUGAUGCCAAUACAUAUGGCGGCUUACUGGCUGUUGAGCGUAGCUACAUUCGGUACUGGGUAGUUGCAAGUGUUGACCGACCGUCACAUUCUGACAUCACAUGUAAAGUGCCGUUCACCAUUCUGGAAUAUAUCAACAUCAAUGAUGCGUGUUUGCUUCACUCGAUGACGAGCGAGAACGAAAAACAGCUUUGUUGCUGUUGCUGUACAUCCGGUCCACUCUUUCUUUCUGCCAGCGUCGAUCGUAUGGGGUACUGCCCUGGUGAGACGGUCACUAUAUCUGCAUCAGCUGAAAAUCACAGCUCAAGGCAGCUCGUAGGUCUGCAAGCUCGGUUGGUUGCAGUUACAACUGUCUUAAGCCCUACUAACGGGCUUGCCACCCGCAACAAGGUCACAGUGACUCGGCUUGGAACAGGAAGGGCUAUUCCUCCAAGAGGAAGUGACAGUUGGAGUAAUGCCAAGCUUGAGAUUCCUGCUCUUCCUCCUACUAUCGACUCAUGCAGAAUGUUGACCCGUGACUAUUAUGUACAAGUGGAGAUUGCUGUUGCUAGAGGGUUUGACCUUGAAACCUACUUUCCAAUAAUUAUUGGCUCUGUUCCAUUCAGGGAGUCAUCCCAAGUCAACGAUGUUGUCACUAUUGAUAGCACUGACAUUGAUGGUUGUGGUUAUCCACCUCCACUGACUGUCCCUCGAUCUGCUACCACCGUUCCUGCUGCUGUACCACAGUUCACAGUUUCAAAUCAAGUUAUCAAUGUUGCAGCAAAUGGUGAUCAGAGUGCACUGAAUUAUACUCCUGUCUAUCCAUAUGCUCACAAUGCCAGGAAGGCUCCAACUGCUAUAGCUACUCGUGGUGAUCCACCCGAAUACGAAGAAGGAAAGGAAGACCAACCUCUGUUGUGAUGGACUGGCAUAUACAUAUCGUAUUCACUGCAUUCUCAUUAGUUAACUUAGCAUGCAUGCUCUUUUUUCACAGUCAAUCAGGGAUGAAGAAUGCUAAUGGUGAUUGAGUGAUUGACUAA